AGUCUCACUUUCGUUUGGUGCGAGCCAUGUCUGCGUGUGGGCGACUGCUGGUGGCGGCGGCGGCGGUGGCGGCCGCGUCCUGUUCGCCCCAGUACGGCGCUCCGCCCGUCUCCUCCGACACUCAGAGCUAUGGAGCUCCUCUGGAGAGCGCCGCCGCCGCGCAGGGCUUCGGCAGCGCUACCAACUUCCCCCAGAACAACGGAGGAGGCUUCGGUCAGGGCGGCGCCGCUGGGUUCGGAGGCAACAACGGAGGUCGGUUCGUUUCUUCUAGCGCAGGAGCAGGCCCGGCGAAUUCGUUCGACGGCCAAGGCAUGCCGUACAACUUCGACUGGGCCGUCCGGGAGCCCGAUUACGGCAACGACUUUGACCACCAGGAGGAGUCGGACGGCGUGGUGACGUCGGGUCAGUACCGGGUCAACCUGCCCGACGGCCGCGUCCAGAUUGUCACCUACACGGUGGAGGGAGACAGCGGCUUCCAGGCGACCGUCACCUACGAGGGCGAGGCCCAGUACCCGCCGGCCGGAGCCGGCCAGGCCGGCGGCGGCGGCUUCAGCCAGGGCGGGGGCGGCUUCAGCCAGGGCGGCGGCGGUUUCAACCAGGGUAACGGUGGAAGUUUUAACCAGGGUAACGGUGGGUCCUACAAUCAGGGCAACGGAGGUGGUUUCAACCAGGCUCUAGGAGGUGGCUUCAGUCAGAGCGCUAGCACUGCCUUCGGUCAACAGAGUGGUAGCUACAACCAGGCCGGUGCCGGCGGUGCUUUUCAGAGCCAGGGAGCCAACAGGGGGACGGCCAGGCCCUCCACCUCUUACGGCGCCUUCUAGCACUGACCGCUACGUGGGAGAAACACGGUCUUCAGCUGUCUUUUUGCCAAAGGUUUUCUCAGUGUAGCAGUCAGACAGGGUGAUGGAAUGGCCAAUGGCAAUUCUUUCCAGUGUCUAGUGUCACUCGAUGACUUCAUCCGUUUCUUAUGUGAUUCUUGUCGUUUCUAAGAUUUGUGUGUUUCAAGGUGCUAUAAUGCUCUGGUAUAAACUAGAAUAUGAUGUUGCAAUUGAUAGUAAGGAAUUAUAAUACCGAAUUUCAAUUAGCUGCAGGGUAUGAUAAAUUAAAAUGCGAUGAUUGCUAGCUAGAGUCAUAGUACAAGUACAUGCAUCUCAAAGUUAUGUAUAAACCUUCCUCUUGCCAGGUCUGAAGUCAUACUGAUUGCUGUGCCAGUGAUGAUUGUCUCUCAGUGUCUGUAACUCUUUGUGUAUGCAAUGUGUGUCCACAUGUAGAUAAUUCGUUGUCAGUAUUUUGACACGCAUUCGUUUUGUGUGUUCAUUAUUCUGUGUUUUUUGUCUGAAGCAUGUUAUGUCCGUCCUCUAUUCAUAAAUUUAAAGCGUUUUCCUCCUUUUCGAAGUCUGUUGUUGGGGUUUGUAUUUUGUAUAUUUUUCAGCCACUUUAUUCUUGAUGAUAAAGGGGGCGUUGACGAGUUAGUUUAUUACAGGACUGAAUGUAAUUUUUUGUAGUGGCAGGAUAUUCAAGCGUGUAUGAAUGCUUUGCUGUGUUGGUACGUCUUACGUGUUUGUGUCUUUUGUUUACAAAUACAAACGCUAACUGUA